AUGCCCGGCGGUGUUAUGCAAAUAUUUGAGGCGGUUGGGGGCAGCCGACGACCUGGCGCGACUUCCCUCAACUCUGCGGCUUCAGCUUCAGCUUCUGUUUCUACUCGUCUUGUUUUGUUUGCGCCGUUCAUUAUCCGCCGCAGCACAACAUGCAACACUACUGUUGGUACGAUGAAGGGGAACGCAUCGAAAUGUUACGAGAUGGAAGUCAUAAGCAAAGUGAAAAGUUGUUAACAUGUUCCUUUUAGUCUGCACUCGAAGUGGUCGCUCUCAUUCUGAGACUUCCAUCUAGAGCACGGUCUCAACUACAUUCUGAGCUCGUCAAAGCGCAACUGGACGAUCUACGCCCAGAAGAACGAGGCGAAGGACCGUAAGACCAUGCUUUCAACUUGA